GUUUAACCUCUCUAGUCUCUAUCCAAAACUUUGAAUCGAUUAUCAGAUUUGCUGGAAUUUAUUACUCCUUAAAGGGCGAAAAACAUUUAUUACAUUGUGAAGGGAAAACAUGGGGUUGGCGUGAAGGGUGGCCACCUUUCGGUUUGAUAGUCCCAAGUUGCCACCCGACUCUUACUAGUCACUGUCGGUUUUUUGUCUUUUUCCAUUAUUUUGACAUUCUUUUCCAACCAUUCCCAUCUCUGAAAAGUAUGCGCACCUCUUUUUGAGUUAAUUAACUGUUAUGGCUUCAUAAACCAUUUAAUACAAAUUGUAUGAGCCUUGAUUUGGUUGUCUGAAUCUUGCCGUGUUUUCUUCGUGAUCGAAUCUUGGUCGAGGUUGCUCGAACUUCCUUUUUCUCUGUACUGAAAUUCAUCAUUAAUCACUGUUAUAUUGGAGUGUUACGACCUCCAAUCUGGGAGGAUUUCGUGCUAAUGGACGUGAAGCGGGCCCAAGCUACCGAAGCCGGGCCGAAAAUUCCUGUCACUGUUGUCUCGGCUUUAGUUUGGGCAGUUUUCGAGUGGAUGUUAAUGCUUUUGAUUAUUCUGAAUGCUGGUUUGUGGCAGUUGGUCACGAGAUUUGCACGCUACUGCCAGCUGCAAAUCCCGUGUUUGCUGUGCUCGAGCGAAAGCUAUAAUUUUUACAGGGAUUUAAUCUGCCAAAGUCACAAGCUAAAGAUCUCAUCUUUAGUCCUCUGCCGAAUUCACAAUAACCUCGUUGAUGUUCGCGAGACGUGUGAGAGUUGCAUUUUAAACAAAUCGAAUUCUGAGACUUGCAAAAUUCUGGUAGGCGAAUUGGGAGCCGUGCCUCGUGAUGGCCGAGUCAAAAGUGGUUUGAGAAAAUGCAUUUGUUGCAACGAACAAUGGGUUUCAAGAACUUGGGCCUGCGAGUUGACUCAGAGCAUAUCAAUCAGUCCUCAGGGACCUGAUGCGCAAAUUCCGCAUUUGGGGUAUACAAAGGUUAAGGUUACUUCUGAUUCUGGGUCAGAAAGCCCGUUUUCGGAUACCCAAAGUGCCGACACAGUUAUACGUGAGGUGGAGAUAUCGGGCCCAGAUUUAGAGACAAAGUAUUUAUCCACAGAACCUCGAAUUCUUACUAUUGCUGAUGAUGGUCAAGCUCCUCAAGACCUUACCAAUUCACGUCAUACUAUAGAACCCUUUUCAGAGGUUCUUCCAUCUCCGGAUAUUGAUGGGACCCAAUAUGAUGAAUUGAAGAGAAAUGAUCCUACGAAUGCUUCAAGACCAGAGACCAACAAGACGCAAUCUCUCGACCUCGGUGAUGCUUACAGAUUAGCAGUCAGCGGCAGCACUCGAGGCAGACAACUUUCCGGAAAGUUCCUAGAACAACAAAAGUCAAUGGCUGAGUCAACAAAAGCCAGUGAAGACCUAAAACUCCUGCUGUCCCAAUUAUCAGCCGCCAACAGUGAAGACCAAACAAUCCAAAGGCGAAUCUCACUCGAGAGGAACGAGUCCGGAUUAUCUCUCGAUGGAACAACAUUGAGUGAAAUCGAGGGUGAGAGCUCGGUGGACAGGCUAAAACGACAGGUUGAGCAUGACAGGCGAAUAAUUUGUGGUCUUUAUCGGGAACUGGAGGAGGAGAGAAGUGCUUCGGCAGUUGCUGCAAGCCAGGCAAUGGCUAUGAUUACUCGACUGCAAGAGGAAAAAGCGGCUUUACAUAUGGAGGCUCUGCAGUACUUGAGGAUGAUGGAAGAACAAGCUGAGUAUGAUGGGGAGGCGCUGCAGAAGGCUAAUGAUUUGCUUGCUGAGAAGGAGAAAUUGGUUCGGGAGCUCAAAGCCCAGCAAGCUGACUUGUCGACUUCCGAUUAGGAUAAUGAUGAGCUUUCUGUAGAGGGAAAACCGAAUGGACUAACUCGAAUUUGUUUUCUGAAAUAGUGGCUCGUCUGAAGGAAGUUGUGUUCGGCUCACGUGAAAUUCGUGCAUUGAUAAAUUGAGGUGUAUUCUGGAAUUUGGAUGUAUGGUUAUGUUGACAUAGAGAACUAUUGAGUUUCUGUGAUGAUUUAUGGGGCUCUCUGCAUUUGUUCUCUCUUUCUCUGUCUGUGUGUGUGUGUGUGUGCAGGAAGGGAUUUUCAUGUUAUUUUCAGAUGGGCAGUUUUGUAUAUUGCUUAAAAAGGAAACUUUUGAACUAUUAAUUAUCAAUUCAUAUCUGGCAAGUAUCAAUAAUCAGUUAUUGUGGAAGGAAAAUUAUAUCACA